GUGUCGUAAAGAAAACACUCGUGUCGUAGUUGUCAAUCCAGCACCUGAACUCUUCGCACCUUUUCGGAAAAUCCAUUUUCCGUACCGUUCUGCCACCUCUCCAUCGCCUUUGUUGGAUUUCGUCAUUUGGUUAAGGAGAGAUGAAAAUGUGCUUUCUUUCCAACGUAGGAAAGGACAGCAGCGUGUAAAACAAAUUCCACUUCACUUUUCCUUACUGAAGUACUGCUGACGUUUCAUUGUGUUUGACUAUGGCAUCUUGGCAGCCCCUUUGCAAUUUAAGAGAUUACGUGUCCCAGAACCCACCGCCUGUGACAUUUUUCUUGUGUCUCUUGAUGCUGGCUAUUUCAUUUAUCUGCCUCAGCUCUUAUAGCAGUAAUCAUCCUUUGCCCAAUCCUGACACAGCAAAGGACUGGAACCAUCUCCUCUCUACGUUGGCACACUUCCAUCUGUGUGUUAAAACCAAUUGGAGUUCAGAUGAUCUGGUGUCUCUAGGCCCAUCUCCACUUAGAGAACAGAAAAGAAGUAGAGACGCUUCACUCGACUUGACACCACAGCCCGCACAUGUCACCAGUUUGCAUCUCAAGGUUCCUGUGACAAUCACAAACAGCCACGGCCUUCCAAAAGACGUUGACGUUUUUACAACCUUGAGAGCCAGUCAGUUGGAUCUUGAGGGCAAUGAGAUUGUGAAUGUAAAUAUCCACCGUGAAAAUGAUACCUACGCCUGCCUCACUUUAAGAGCUCCAACCGCUCUCUUCCCUAUGAGCCGGCUUCCCCCAGAGUGUCCCGCAUCAAGCAACAGCCAUUCAUCUGUCCAUGUGGAGGCAACUGACCAGCCACCACCAACAUCACAAGCCUGCUAUGGUCUUCUCUACAGGAAUGACCCUACUCUCACUAUCAUGUUAACAAAGGAGGAGCAGUGGGUGGCAGUGCGACAUCUGAUAGAAGUCAGUAUGUGUCUGAUAGGAGUUUGUUUAAUACUUUGUUUAGCUGCUAGCCUGUCACCUUCAAAGAUGCGCAACUACCACAGGAAGGAGCCGGACCUUCAAAAUGAAUCUUUGAUUGACACUUGAUCAAUUUUGUCAAGUGAAGGAUUCAGUCCAGUGAGAAAAAUUAUCCUUCUAUCCAAUUGGAUCUGAAUGAAAAAGUUUUAUUUAAUAUGUACUUCUCAUCCAGUUUUCUGUUUGCUGUUAUCCAGUGUCUCCAGUAUAAAUGUCUGUCAGAUUAAAAGUAAAGCUGAAAGAAAAACAGUUAA